AUGCCACGAACGACAACGGCGCCCAUGCAAACGUAUGGUACGUGUGUUUGCCCAACCACCCCAUUCCUCCGUCCUCACCACAACAGCAGACGAGCGCCCACCCCGAGCACAUACGAAAAGCGACAAGCGCCCACCCCACCCACGAAUUUUGACAAGCGCCACCAUGAGAAACGACGAGCGGACACGGAAAACGACAAGCGCCCACGGAAAACGACAAGCGCCCACGGAAAACGACAAGCGCCCACGGAAAACGACAAGCGCCCACCCCACCCACGAAUUGUGACAAGCGCCCACCACGAGAAACGACGAGCGGACACGGAAAACGACGAACGCCCACAAAAAACAAUGAGCACCCACCUCCACCUCCACGAGCACCCGCCCCCACCCGACGGCACGCCAACGCAGAACGCCAACGCAGAACGGCGACAAGGGCUUUGCAGCCACCCCCGUCGUAGUGUGUUAUUGCCAGAGGAGGGUCAAGGGGAGGGUCAGGGGGAGGAGGAGGAGGAGGAGGAAGCUUUGGCUGAGCUGGAGGAUGAGGUGGUUGUUGAUAAGCCCAGACAUGGGGGGAAGAGGGGGAAGGAUGUCAUCCUGAACAAGGGGGGGAAAAAAGGCAAAAAGGGGCGCAAAACCAGUGCCCAGAAAAAUGCAGAAGUGGCAGCUGAAGAAGCCAAGCGGGUCAAAAAGCAGACUCACACUAUGAAACUUUUAACCCAAAGGGGUAUUUCAGUUGCACCACCUGCACGUGCUGCUGUUUCUGCUGCCCCUGCUGCUUCCUCCAUCCCUUCCAGUUCUGCUGCUUCUUCUGUUCCUGUUGUCCCUGAUGUUCAGGCUAUCCCUGCUACUCUUGUUCCUGCCGUUGCUGAUAUUCAUGCUAUUUCUGCUGUUUCUCCUGCUAUGCCCACUGUUUCUGCUGUUUCUGCUAUUCCCACUGCAUCCACUGGUUCUGCUAUUUCCACUGUUUCCACUGUUUCUGCUGCUGUUUCUGCUGCUGUUCUUUCUAUUUCUAAUACCACUGUUCCUAUUUCUACCACUGCUCCAUUGACUUCUGGUGAUGAACCAGGAGAUGUCUCUAUGGAAAGCCCUCCUCGUCCUGAGGGUUCUUCAUGUGCCACUGGAGGCAUUUUGCGGAACAGAGCUAUGGGUCAACAUUACAAUCCUGUUGACGAUGAAGAUUUUCAGAUUGCUCCUGUCUUAGGAAAAGUCAAGGGUGUUGUUAAGAUAUAUGUUUUACCUCUAGAUCCUGUUGAACUGGAAUUUGCCACCAUGCAACCAAGUCUGAAGGUUCCUGUCACUGUCAACAUGAACUUGGGACCAGUUCUUAAAGAAGUAGCUCUUCACUGGCCACCAAUUACUCGUAACCGUAUCCUUGUUUAUGAUGCUCUUGAUGGCCUUUGGAUGGCCCAAGGUCUCUAUGAUAUUGUGGUUGAAAUCAAUGACACCAUUUUAUUUGACAAUUCAGGUGACAAGGCAACUCUACACCUUCUUGUUAGUUCUUUUGAGCCUGGAAUUUCUUUUUCCUCAAUUCCCCCUUCUCGUGCUCGUUCACUCCAAGGUGGAUCUCUUCCAUCUACCUCUCGUUCUGCCACACCCCACUCCUCUGUCCGUUCUCACUCUCGCUCACAUUCUCUAUCAACAUCUGGGGAUAUCCAAACUGGCAGUAUUGAGCCUGCUGAUGCAGUUCCAACUCAAAAAGAUGCUGAGGACUUGGGCACUACUUUCAGUCCAUAUGAAUCAAGUCUUCUCCAUAUUCUUAACAUUCCCAUGGACCUUACUCGUUCAGCAACUGCCAAGUCCCUCUCAGAGGUCUUUACGCUGCCACUGCUUUUCCGAGCGGACUCCGUCAGACUGAGGCAAAUUUUCCGGUGA